GGAGCAUGCGGCAAAGAAGUCGUUGCAGCCAGGAGGAACUUGAAAGUCUCUCUUUCCCUGUUUAUUCCACUUAAAAGCAAAAAUUGUUUUCCAAGGGAGAGCGAGGGUUUCUGUGCGGAGCCUUUGAAGCGAGGCUGGGACGUGGAUUUCUCCCUGCUCCUCUCUACACCGUGGACACCGUCGGUCCCAAACCGCUGACAUGGGGAGGUCUGCGCCAUGACAGCAUAAGCAGGCAGCGAGAGAUGGAUCGCUUCACCGACUGUGGGACGCAGACGGAUGCAGUGGUGGUGUUGUCCCUGGCACAGGCUGCUGUUCUGGGUUUGGUGUCCGAGAAUGAGCUGCUCGGGGCCACUGUCAGCCCUGCCGGCUUCUUCCCGGCGCUGGCAGGGGAGCAGCCAGAAGCCAACACAGUGAAGCCCGGGGAGCUGGAGGGCAAGGGGCAGGUGCCAGGGGACGGGCAGGAGGAGGACGCUUUGGAGGCAGAGUCCUCCCUGGAGAAGCACCCCCGGAGGAGGAAGCGGCCACCUGUGAGGCUGGUGCCCAAGGUCAAAAGCGAGAAGGCGGAGGAUGAGGCGCUGUACGAAGUUCUCGGGGAUGAGGAGGGUGAGCGGCAGCAGCGCCGCCGCCCGCCUCCCCGCCAGGAGCCCAACCAGGAGCAGGCAGUGGAGAGCAGUGCUGUGAAGAUGAUCGACCUCGGCACCUUUGGCAGGAAAACACGGCGCCUGCGGCACCUGCGCCGGCACACACGCCAGGAGUUGGCGGGCAGCGAGCGCAGAGGUGCCAACAUGGCCGGCGCGGUGGAUGGCAGCACCGUGGAGGCCCUGCGGACCGAAUGCACCUUUGAGGCGGGCACCCCAUCCCCUGGCGAGGCAGAGGCCCCUGCGCCAGCGUCCCCUGAACCGGUGAAGAGCGAGCAGGGCUUCUCCUGGCAGGAGCCGGGUGAGUUGGAGGCAGAGGCGACGGGAGCCACCAGUGAGCGCAACAAGAAGGCGCAGCUGGACCGGCUGGACAUUAACGUGCAGAUUGACGACUCCUACCUGGUGGAGGCGGGUGACCGCCAGAAGCGCUGGCAAUGCCGCAUGUGUGAGAAGUCCUACACAUCCAAGUACAACCUGGUGACUCAUAUCCUGGGCCACAAUGGCAUCAAGCCCCACUCCUGCCCACACUGCAACAAGCUCUUCAAGCAGCCCAGCCACCUGCAGACCCACCUGCUGACCCACCAGGGCACGCGGCCCCACAAGUGCGAGGUGUGCAGCAAAGCCUUCACGCAGACCAGCCACCUGAAGCGGCACAUGCUGCUGCACACCGACAUCAAGCCCUACAGCUGCCGCUUCUGUGGCCGGGGCUUCGCCUAUCCCAGCGAGCUGAAGGCGCAUGAGGUGAAGCAUGAGAGUGGCCGUUGCCACGUCUGCGUGGAGUGCGGGCUGGACUUCUCCACGCUCACCCAGCUGAAGCGGCACCUUUCCACGCACCAGGGCCCCACACUGUACCAGUGCCUGGAGUGCAGCAAGUCCUUCCACUACCGCAGCCAGCUGCAGAACCACAUGCUGAAGCACCAGAACGUCCGGCCCUUCGUCUGCACUGAGUGCGGGAUGGAGUUCAGCCAGAUCCACCACCUCAAACAGCACUCUCUCACGCACAAGGGUGUGAAGGAGUUCAAGUGUGAGGUGUGCGGGCGGGAGUUCACCCUGCAGGCCAACAUGAAGCGGCACAUGCUGAUCCACACCAGUGUCCGCCCCUACCAGUGCCACAUCUGCUUCAAGACCUUCGUGCAGAAGCAGACGCUCAAGACCCAUAUGAUUGUGCACUCCCCGGUGAAGCCUUUCAAAUGCAAGGUCUGCGGGAAGUCCUUCAACCGCAUGUACAACCUGCUGGGCCACAUGCACCUGCACGCGGGGAGCAAGCCCUUCAAGUGUCCCUACUGCUCCAGCAAGUUCAACCUGAAGGGCAACCUCAGCCGGCACAUGAAGGUCAAGCAUGGGGUGAUGGACAUCAGCCUGGACAGCCAAGAUCCCAUGAUGGACCUGGCCGGGGCUGACCACACUGAGCUGGGCGGGCAGCAGGAGAUGGAUGACUUUGAGGAGGAGAACUCUUACAGCUACGGAGGAGUGGGCAACCCUCCAGAUGAGCACGGCCUGACCGAGCAGGCCAUGAAGGAGAUGGCAUACUACAACAUGUUGUAGCCGAGGCUGAAGGAGGCUGCUGGGGGCUCGUGCAGACUUUGUGUGGUAAGAGGAGCUGCGGCAGCCAGCAAGACCCUCACUGCUGCCCCUGGAAAGCAGAGGCUGUGGCUGAGCUUGGUGAAGGAGAAAACAGGGAUGCCAAAAAUCUUGGCUGGGGCGAGAGCAGGAGUGGAAGCAGUGCAGAGCAGCAGUCGCUGCCUGCUAACAGGCACACCAGGCUGGUGCAGUGAAUGCUUGGCUCCAAGCUGCUGCCAGACCCUUGUGGAGCUUCAGCAGAGCUUUGGCCAUCGCUGGGGUCCUUCCCUCCUUCCCCACUGCCCACAGCGAGGGAGCACGGAGUUCUGUGCCGGCUGCCUGCAGCGCUCCUGCCCGGCACUGAGCUUCCUGCUCCCUGCACUCUUCGGCCUGUGUGGUAGCAAGCUAGGACCUUGCUGCUGUCUUCCUCCUCACCUGUCCUCCAGUGUCCUUGAGACCGUAGGCAGGGGAAGGCACGUCCCAGAUGAUGAUGAUGAGCAUUACUAAUUAUUCUACCUCCUGGGUCCUCCCCCAUGGCUGCGCUGGGGCUGCAGCCUGGCUGGCCCCCCGCUCACCCCAGGGAGCAGAAGCCCCUCUGCCCGCCGGAGGAGGUGGGUUUGCUUUUCUUGCCCUUCCCAGCCUCCCAGGCAGGCGAGAGCCAUGACCCUUGCUCUGGCACAGGCCGCGAGCUGGCAUGGGCCAAGCCGCAUCGUCCUGUGCAAGGCCACAGGGCACAU